GAAAUGUUGUUAAACUUAUCAUUUUUUUUUCGUUUCUAUGGUGAAACACGCGUAUACAUCGAAGUAAAAAUCUAUAUUUAAAAAACAUAUUCAUUUCAAAUUUUAGUUCUUGCUAAUAGGGAUUUGAUACGAAUCCUUUUAAAUUGGCUUUACGAUAAGAAGAUAACCUCGAUGUUUUUAUUAGAAAAAAGCUACAUCUGGUAUGGUAUAGUUUUUUUAUGACUUAGAAUUGGAACUGCUAUAACGGAUUCAACUGCAUUCAACUACCUGUAUUAUGCUUAAUGGUCAUGUAAAAAAUUCGCCGACUGAGGCUAAUAACACUUUAAAUGUGUCAAUGCAAUUAAAUAAAAAUCUCAGCAAUAAAAAACAUGAAACGUUUAAUUCUAUAGUUGAUACCAGAGAUCGAAAAGGUUUCUUACCACUAUUUUUCGAACGAGCUUCUGGAAAUUUAUUUAAUCCUUGUUUUGAUUCUGAAAUUUUAGAAUCAGAGUUCCAGCGACUUUGUGUUACAAUCGAUAAACGAUGUUUUCAAAUCGCCUUACUUUACAUGUCAGUUGUAUCAGUUAUACUUUCUGUAUAUAUUGCUACAAGCCACAAUGAUGACAAAUCGCAUAUAAAAUUAGCUGUAGGUUGUGCUGUUGCCUGUGUAAUUGCUAUCAUAGUAUUUUUUUUUACAAGAUUUAAUAAAUUUUAUAGUAGAAUAUAUAUUGCAAGAUCAUUAUCUGUCAUUUUAACAUUAGUAUAUUGUGGUGCAGAAGUUGCAGCUUUUUUUGUAGUUAAUGAUACAGACUUUUCAUACAGUGCACGAUUUGGAUUAGCAACAUGUAUGAUUACAGUCAUAUAUACUAUGAUGCCAGCAUUGCCUCUUUACGGGAUUUUUAUACUUGCAUUAGCUUAUUCAGUAGCAAGAGAGUUAGCAGCUUCGUUCAGAAGUACCACUAAAAGAACUGGUUAUGAACUUGGAGGUAUCAUCAUUCUGCAUUUAUGCAUUCAUGCUUUAGGUUUAACAGCAGUGUUUAUGGCACAAGUUCGUAAAAGAAGUACAUUUUGGCGUGUUGGACAAAGUGUUGUUGCAAAACAAGAUUUAGACAUUGAACAGCGUGUUAAAAAUCGAAUGAUAAAAUCAGUUAUGCCUAAAAAAGUUGCGGAUUUCUUAAUUGAAAAUGGAUUAAAGCAUAAAAGAGUUAAAUCAUUCCGACCUUUUUCUAUGUACAAAAUGGAAAAUGUUAGUAUUUUAUUUGCUGAUAUUGUAGGGUUUACAAAUAUGUCUGCUAAUAAAGAAGCAGAUGAUCUAGUUCAUCUUUUAAAUUUGCUCUUUGGUAAAUUUGAUGAGCUAACAGAAAUUAACAACUGUGAAAAAAUCAGCACACUUGGUGAUUGCUAUUAUUGUGUUGCUGGAUGUCCAGAAGAAUCAGAGUAUCAUGCUAUCUCUUGUAUUGAAAUGGGAUUAGAUAUUGUUGAAGAAAUAAAAAAUUUUAGAAAAAAAACUGGGGAAGAAGUUGACAUGCGUGUAGGUAUUCAUACUGGAAAUAUACUGUGUGGUGUUGUUGGUAAUAGAAGAAGAAGGUUUGAUGUUUGGUCAAAUGAUGUUAAUCUAGCUAACAAAAUGGAGUCUAAAGGAAAACCUGGAAUGGUCCAUAUAACAGAAGUUACUCGAAGAUAUUUUAAAGAUCAAUAUGUGCUUUUAGAUGGUGAUGGAAUUGAAUAUUCUGGUGGAAAAUUGAGUUCUUAUUUUAUUUCAUGUCGAAAAAAUGGCAUAAGUGCAUAUAAACCUUGGCAAAAAACCAGUGAUUUUAAUAAAAGAAAUGGAAGUGUUUCAAAUAUUAUUGACCAUUUAGAUGUGGAGUCAAAAAGUAUUAAUUGCCAAGUAGCCACAUCUAAAUCUUCUUUAUCUAUAAAUAAAGUUGAUGUUUCUUUCAGUAUACAUAAUCAUAUUACUCCACAAUCAGAUUCAGAUGACAGUAUUGAAAACGAGUUUUUGUCAAAAAGUAUUUCAACCCUAUCUUCACCAAGUCAUUUCCAGGAAAAUUUGCCUAAAAAAAAUACAAAUUUUAGUAAGUCUAGUGCGACAUUUAACUUCUCGUAUGGUUUAGCAUUAAAUGAAGCUCUAAUGAGAGAUGCAAUGAAAGCAUCAAAUGAUAAUCAACUUGUAAAACUUAUGCAUGGAAAGAAAAUUCAAAGAGAAUACUUUUUUAAUCCUCCUUUACAUUGGUGGUCACUGACAUUUAUUGAUGAAGUUAAGGUAGAUAAAAAGGAAAACGAUGAAAAUGAGGAUGAUGUAAAUAUUUCGCAAAAAACUAAAAUAGUAAAGAACAUUACUGAAGCAAAAUAUAGAGAUGAAGGCUUUAAAGGUUUGAAAUUAAACCCAAAAGUAACAACUUUUGCAUCACCAAAAGUUCACUUUUUAUUUGAUGUUGUAACAAGCGCAAUAAUUUUAAUAGGUGUUAUCAUUGUAUGUAUUCUUUUCUACAAAAAUUUUCCAACAACUUUAGCUAUUUUAAUUGGUUGCAGUGUGCUUAUAAUGUUAUCUUUACUUGUACUUAAAUGUUAUAAAUUGUCGCCAUCAAAGUUUCAAGGAAAAAUGAGUACAUGUGCAGCUAACCCUGAAAAUAGUAGUACAGAUGAUAUAACUUCGAACAACAUGGAAAGUAUCACAACUGAAAGUCUUCACGACUUGACAGAAAAUUCCAACUUACAUCAAUCAUUUAAAAGUAAGCUUUUUUCGGCUUGGGUGACAUCACAUUUGUAUGGAGGGAUUAUUAUGUGUCUUCCUAUAAUAGUUGUUUUUUCAACAUACGAAGACUGCAAGACAAACAAUUGGAAAAAGCCUCAAAUAGAAUAUUUUGCAAUGUUAAUGUUUGUUAGUCUUCUCCAUUUUUGCAACUUUACACAAUUAUCCUCACUGAUGAAGACCAGUUUUGCCUAUAUUUGGGCUCUUGCUUUUAUUCUAAUGCUUGUUGUUUUACCUUCUUCAAACUGUAUGCUUCGCAGUGACAAGUCUGAUAAAGUUAUGAUAAUGGAUAUUGUUUUAGUAGUGAUUCUUCAAAUCAUUCUAAUAACAAUUCUAAAUCGCAUUCAUGAGCAAGGCGUCAGAGCAAACUUUUAUGGUGAUAAAGAAGCGGCUGAACAAAAGAAUAUUGCAUUAGAACAGAAACAAGUUGCAGAUUGGCUUAUUAAUGAUAUGUUUCCUCGAUAUGUUUCUGAAGAAUUAAAGUUUACUAAUAACUGUUCUAAAAAUUAUGAGAUGGUAGGUGUCCUCUUUGCUACUAUUGUUAAUUUUAGUGGCUUUUAUGAAGAGAACUUUGCAGGUGGUCUCGAAUGCAUAAGAAUACUUCAUGAGUUAGUUGCUGAUUUUGAUAAUGAACUUGUGAAGUUUCAAGAUAUUGAGAAAAUAAAAACUGUCUAUGGCACAACAUUUAUGGCAGCCUCUGGAUUAAAUCAAACUAGUAAAGUUGUUCAAUUAUCUGAUGAAAAAGAUAAACAAUAUUUACAUUUAAAAUCUUUAAUGGACUUUGCCCUAGUAAUGCAAAGAUCUUUAGAUGAUUUUAAUGAAAACAUGUUAGGUUUUAAAUUUCAUCUUCGCUGUGGUUUUAAUGCAGGUCCAGUUACUGCUGGAGUUAUUGGUACUAUGAAGCCUCAAUACGAUAUAUGGGGUGACACAGUCAAUGUUGCUAGUCGUAUGGACUCAACUGGUGUUGUUGAUAAAAUUCAGGUAUCUGAAGAAUGUAUGAAAAAGCUAGAAAAUUUUUACACUUUUACUGAACGCGGAGCAAUACCUGUUAAAGGUAAAGGUAUGGUAACGGCUUACCUACUAGUUAGCAAGAAAUAAAAACGAAUAUGUAUUUUGAAUUGUAUAUUUGUUUAAAAAAAAAAUUUGUUUUUA